UUGUUUCUUAUGUUAGAUGUUCCCGAAAAUAUUUUUCAGCUGCUUUGGAAAAUUUAAUUUAAUGAAACAUUACUAUCUUGUUGAAAACCUUUAAAAAAUAUAGAGUGGGAAAUUUAAAUACCCUUAGGGAUUCCAAAAAUUGAGUGGGAAAUUAGCUCAAUCCCCGAGAAUUCUGGAGGGGAUUUAAGAUCCUAUUUGGCAGAGCUUUACUUUAACAAUUUCAGAUCUAUUUCAGCUCCUUCUAUCCAAACAGGUCUAGCUCCACGAGCUCUAGUUUUUAAAAAACUGAAAUUAGAGGUCAAUUUCAUUAAAAUUUUCCAAACUUAUCAAAGGCUGCUUAAAAACAUACCUCCUCAUGAAGUUGCACAAAAAUUAAUCACCAUGUCAUUACCUCCUCAUGAAGUUGCACAAAAAUUAAUCACCAUAUCAUUGGUUAUAUGACGUACUGAUUCAUGUCUCUUUCUUCACCCGCUAAUUAUCAUAGAUAAUUAAGAAAAGUCGAACAAAUUAAUUAUUUUACAUAAGCUAGAGUCUAUAUGCAAAUGAAACACUAUUAAAUCAUAUCUUAUCAAUCUGUUGAAUCUGUUUUAUGGUGAAGCUGAAAAACUUUUGAAACGAAGCCCUCCCAAACAGUCUAAUUUUUGCAAACUAGCACUGAAUAAACAAAAAAAAACCACAUGUUGAGAGGACAAAAGCCAGAGAUUAGAUAUAGAGAUAUAGAGAUUAAAAAGCAUACCGCCCUCUCCAGUGCUGUAGAGAUUUUGCGUUUGAACUGCAAAUCUGCCAUCUCUAUCUCUAAUGAGAAUAUCUCUAGUUGGAGUCUGUCUCGACAUGUCGUUGGUAGAGAACUGAUCGUAUACAAAUCUCAACAAAGCUCCGACGUCCAGAAGCUCCCGGUGUCUAGAGCGGAGCGGACACGGCAACAGAGGCAAUGGAUGAGCACGGGGAAAAGGAAGAGAACAAGUCUCAAGAUUCGGCUUUGGCGGCGGAGCAGCGCGAGGAGACGGCGGCGGCGGAGGGAGAGGACACGUCUGAGGAAUCCACGGACCAGCGCGAGGACGGGCACGGGUAUAAAGCGGACGAAUCGGCGGGCCUGCUGCCCGAGGACGACGUGGGCUCUGGAGAAGCCUCGGCGGCGCCACACUUCGGGCACCCGUGCUCGUUGUUGCGCGCCUGCGCCGGAUUCCUGGGCCUGCACGGCUGCGGCGGCGAUCAGAAGCCGGCGGCGGCUGCCGUUGCUGCAUCUGCAGCUGAAGCCGCCACGGCGGCGGCGGCGAGCUCGUCCCAGGAUGAAGAAGACGGCGGCGUCGACAUGGCGAAGGCUAACGGUUUCUACAUGCAUGAGGUGAUCACCCGCGUAUGGGCGGUCGCGGUGAGGAGGCCGCGGCCGCGGCCGCCGGAUCACGCGAGAGAAGGGAGCGGUGGCAAUGGAGGCGUACACCACUAGGAGUAGACUCGCCGCGCAUGGUUGUCUACCUUGGCUCGCUCAUAGCCUCCGCCUACAUAAAUAUUUUGCCCGUCAGAGAUCUGCGGCCGUCUACUGUCUACAUGCACCUUUAAAUAAAUCCAUGGCUAUGAAGCAUGAAUGUCUGAUGUAAUUCAUGUAGGCUUCUCCGAUGCGGACUUCAAAUAAGACAAAGUAGUUGUUUCUGA